AUGGAGAAGGCACGGCAAAACAACCUCUUUUGUCAUGGCCAAAACAUCGAAACAGAACUUGCAACACACCACCACACGCUUACAAUUCAACUGCUCAUACUUGAAGGGAAAAAACCCUCUGAUUUUCACAGACGACUGGGCCCUUCCCAGCCGGGGGGGCCCUUCCACCGCACGCAGAGCUACGAGCCUGCACUCCCGGUCCCUACAGACAGCGCAGCGGGACGGUCACCGCCCCUCGGAGCCACCACCGGCCCGGCCGCAGCACCGGCCUCACCUCAGACACAGAGGGCGACCCGCGGGACGGAGCGGCCGCCGCGGGGGCUCCACCGCCAGCCCUCGCCUACGCCGCGCCCGCCCGGAGCGCGAGCCGAGCCGAGCGGAGCCGAGCGGAGCCGCUCCUCGCCCCGGGCAGCCCUCCCCGAGCCGCCGGCCCCACCGCACCCGCCACCCAGCGCCGCCGGCACCGCCAACCUGCCCGCGGCCCGGCCCGGCGCCUCAGGCGGAAGCGGCGGCGGAAGCGCUACGGCGGCCGCGCGGGGCCAGGACGGAAGCGGCCUCCCGUGCGCGCGCGGGCGUGGGGCGACGCGGCGGAGCGGGCACCAUGUCGGGCCGAGAGGGCGGCAAGAAGAAGCCGCUGAAGCAGCCGAAGAAGCAGACGAAGGACCUGGACGAGCCAGUGGCGGAAUAAAGAAGUCUGGCAAAAAGUAGUUUGAUCGAAUCGCAGGGUAAGAAGUGAUCGAGUUACUCAAUGGACCUGCAGACUUCAGAGAGUCAUGAAAACUCACUGUCAUUUGGGAAACAUUGUACAUUUUGUUUAGUCAUAAUAAAUCUUUUUUGUUAAGUCAUAAUAAAUCUUUUUUUGUUAAGAUGUAA